CUGAUUUCGGUGUUUUGUACGACAGUUUUCUCUCUCUCUCUCUCUCUUUGGACCUCUCUGGCAGCCGUUGAAAUGGCUUUUGGCGAAUCAGUUGAGUCAUUCGGUGUUGAGUUUCUGGAAGCAGGUCAUCGUCAAGGUUUCGAGCAAGCUCUGAUGCGGGUGUUAAAGACGGGCCCAGCAGAACACACGUUUGCUGAAAUUAUUGAUGGACUCCCUAUUAGACGCUCAUAUAUAGAAUUUCACUGGCCACAGGAUGGACAUCCGGCAUAUCAACAUGAUGAACUCUGCCCGGGCAUUAUUGAGAGAGCUCGAGAGCUUCGUUCAAAUUUUGCGGUUACGAAAUUGCGCUUUAAAUUGCCUUUACUUAACGCUUUUGCAGAGGCGGCCUUUGGAUCGAUGCCCUUUCAUCUUCGCCUCCUGGAGCUCCUCGCGGCCUCAUGCCAUCAGAUUGCUGUUCACGUAUAUCAGCUUGACGGAGUAAACCACAAACACUGUGAAUACGAAAAAUGGAUAAACCAGCCGCGGGAUAUGAGUCGAUGGGACUCUUUUCGACAUCCAACUGCCUUCUGCCACACAUUUUACACAGCCGUUGAACAGUACCCGAACGGGGUCGCUGAUGUCGUAGCCUACUGGGCUGAGGCAAAGAUAUUUGGAGGGGUCGUACUAUUCGAUAGAGGAGAGUCAGAAACUGAGUGUAGGGAAGUGUACCUUCAUGCGGGACGUCGAGGGGGUCCUUAUACUCUAUUCCCCCCCACAACAGAGCAGUUUGGUAAACUGAUGGUGUUUCUACUCGGCGGAAAGAAUGAAUCUGCUGCGAUAGAGAACCCUCUCCCCAUCAGAGCCACCUCAGAGAACCGUUGGCGUUGGGAUGCUUGGGAUGCAACGGCGCAUCACCACAUCUUUCGCGACAAAUACGAGCGUUUCAUUAGCCCGACCAAACCCCCGACGUCAUAUCGGUCAUCGAUAGACUGGCCGGAAAUAGCCGAUGACCUUUACCUGGUAGACGCAAUGCACGAGUAUUACGAGGGAAAGGAUGUGGAUAAGGACGAGAUUCGUGCCGCGUUGGAGCGCUUGAAACAGAUAACCCCGUCCUCACCAAUUUGGGAGAACCGAGAAACAAGGCAUGCCUGGACGAAAGAUGUUUUGAAGUAG